CGUGGCACGUCUAUAAAAUUGCAGCCGCAUGAGGGCGCGCUUUACCAAAACAAUAAAAAAUAAAAAUGGUUGUUGAAAUCGAGAAAUUUGUUGGUUGUUAUUUGCUGCUGAAUUUGAAUCCGGAAUUCAAAGGAAGGAUCUAGGACUUACAUCGGUUUCACAGUGGACCCAAGAAGAAAAAUUAACCAACAUAACAAGGGAAGCAAGUAUGGUGGGGCUAAACGCACGAGUGGAAAGGGUCCUUGCCUGGCUAAAUGUUAGUUUGAGAUUUGCGGAUCAACUGUCGGUACAACUACUUGCAAGUUAACAGAGGUAAAAUGGCCACCAAAUCUGUGCUGAUUCUGCUGCUGGUUGUCGUAGCAACGACUUUUGCUCAGAAGAAAUGCUGCUAUCCCAGCCAAUUUGAGGGCAGUUUCGGCAGCCUUGUCGCCACUGUUACAGGAGGGCAAGGAAUGACCCAGAGUGAGGGCUGGCAGUACGCUUACGACUACACUAAUGGUCGUAUGGCAACGAUCAACUACAGAGAAAGCCAGGGACAAAUGAUCAAAUACCAAGAUAUCUAUCUGUACAGCAAGGGAGUUGCAUACAUCGUUGAAAUCGGGCCUGGGUUUACAAUUUGCCAACAAAUAUCUAUCAACGGAACCCUUCCACACUGUAUCCCAAGUAGCGCCACCUAUCUGGGUUCAUCCUACUACGGCGAUCACAAGUUAAACGUCGACUUCUUCAAGUUCUUCGAAUCGAUGAGCUCAUCCACCUACGCUAACAUAACCAUGACUGUAUCGCAGGGAGACUGUAUUCCAUUCUCUGUUGUCGAGGAGGGAAUGUUUGAUGGUGUUCCGAAGCUUCGCAUUCGUGGCUACGUAAACUACACCAGCGGCAUCAGUGAUCCCUCCAAGUACUUCACCGUGCCCAGCGGUUGCCCACCGUCAAACCGCGAGACACUAAAUAUGCGGAAAUCUCCCUUUGACAAGAUACUACCGUAGAUUCCGAAGCUACUGGAGACACGUCGGCUAGCAUCUCUUCGAGCUAGCUGUGAAGAUUGGUUGAAGAGGCAAUGAUUUUGCUCAUUUAAUCUUUAAAACUGAAUACAACCAUCACGUCAGAAAUCAAUUUACAGAAUGUCAAAUUUGAUCCGAGUUUUUAAUGGAGAAAUUUCGAAAAGCUUUGUGAUCUACAAGCAGAAAUUGUUUGCAGGAAUAUAGAAAUUGAACUGAAACAGAGUAAUUGUACAGGUUGAGUAAAAAAAAAACCCACGAAACCCAAAUAUCGGGACCAUUGGUUUAGUGAAGUUUUGCCUG